GACUCUUGUUUCUCUUCUUCAUCAAGGAAAAAAAAAAGGAAAGCAAAGAAAAAAACGAUUCUCUCUCUCUCUCUCUCUCGAAACGUAGAUCAGUACAGGAGCUUCUCUGCUUCCUUUUGCCAUCACCCGAAAAAAAAAAGCGUUACGUUUGAUAUUUUUUCCCCUGUUCUGUCCGUUCUGCAAAUAACGAGGAAGAACAUAGAGAGAGACAGAGCAAAAAAUAAGAGAUUUUUGUUUGUGGGUUUGUUCAAAGAUGCAACUUUUGAGUAGCUUCUGUUGUGGAAAAGGAUUUGAUCGAAAAAAGAAGGGGAAGACAGAGCCAACAUGGAGGAUAUUCUCAUUGAAGGAACUUCACGCAGCCACAAACAGUUUUAAUUACGAUAACAAGCUUGGUGAAGGCCGUUUCGGCAGUGUGUAUUGGGGUCAGCUAUGGGAUGGAUCCCAAAUUGCAGUGAAGAGAUUGAAAGCAUGGAGCAACAGAGAAGAGUUGGAUUUCGCGGUGGAAGUGGAGAUCCUCGCCCGUAUUCGCCACAAGAAUCUGUUGAGUGUACGAGGUUACUGUGCCGAAGGGCAAGAACGACUCAUCGUGUAUGAUUACAUGCCAAAUUUAAGCUUGGUCUCACAUCUCCAUGGCCAACAUUCAGCCGAGUGCCUUCUCGAUUGGACAAGAAGGAUGGCUAUUGCGCUAAGUUCUUCUCAGGCUAUCGCCUACUUACACCACCAUGCAACUCCACACAUAAUCCAUGGCGAUGUGAGAGCCAGCAACGUGUUGCUAGAUUCUGACUUUGAAGCUCGGGUCACAGAUUUCGGGUACGGUAAGCUAAUUCCCGAUGACGCAACAGAUGGAAUUGCCAAAACCAAAGGCAAUCUCGGGUAUCUUGCACCAGAAUGUCUAGCAUGGGGAAAAGAAUCAGAGAAGGGCGAUGUAUACAGCUUUGGCAUUCUGUUGCUUGAGCUAGUUAGCGGAAAGAGACCCAUAGAAAGGGUAGACCCAGCAACGAAACGGACAAUAGCCGAAUGGGUUCUUCCAUUGGCUCGCGAAAGGAAGUUUGGUGAAAUCGUGGACUCGAGACUGAACGGGAAGUAUGUGGAGGAAGAACUGAAAAAGACAGUCUUGGUAGGGCUUGUAUGUGCUCAGGACAAGCCUGAGGAGAGGCCAACUAUGUCUGAAGCAGUGGAGAUGCUGAUGAGUGAAUCGAAACAGAAAAUGGCUGAGCUCGAAGCCCACCCGAUCUUCAAGAAUUUGCAGGGUGGCAAUGGAAUUGGUGCAGAAGAAAACUCUGACGUGAUCUCGGAAGAGAAGGAUCAUCAUCAACAAGAAUAGGUUAAAAAAAAGCUACUCAAAGUAGAUUUCUUUCGCCUUUUGUGUUAUUUGUCAUGUCCAUAUUUGCUUGAUUGUUCAUCACUUGAUUCUUCGGAAGCUGCUGCUUUUUUUUUUUCUCUCGUGUUUUCGGGUUUUGGAGUUUGUGUUUCUUUCUGACUGGUGGUUUGAGAUUGUAAGGUGUUUCCUUCUGAACAUAUUUGGCUAAUUUAUCCAUUAGGGUUGUUAUCUUGGUU